ACGAGCGAGCGAGGGAUGGACGGAAGGAGAGAGGAGGAAGAAGAGGAGGAAGAGGAGGGGGAGGGAGCGCUACAAACUCCAUCCAGGAUGACAGAAGAAGAGGAGGAAGAGGAGGAGGAAGAGGAGGAGGACAGAACGCUACAAACUCCAUCUAGGAUGACAGAGGAAGAUAAAGAGGAAGAGGAGGAGGAAGAGGAAGAGGAGUGUGUGAACGGCCAUCUUCCUUUCUGUUCCCACCAGAUGAAGAGGAAGCUGGAUCACGGUCCCGACGGACGGCCGUUCCCUUCGGGGAAGAAGCACUGCAAAGGCAACGGUUACCUCAGAUUUAGAUUAAAUUCAAUAUUUUUUUAUACGUGGAGCGGCCCUGAGAGGCUGUUGGCUCUGGACGAGUUGAUUGACAGGUGUGAGACGGGGCAGGUGAAGCACAUGAUGCAGGUCAUCGAGCCGCAGUUCCAGAGGGACUUCAUAUCCCUGCUGCCCAAAGAGCUAGCGCUGUACGUGCUGACGUUCCUGGCUCCCAGAGACCUGCUGCAGGCCGCUCAGACCUGCCGGUACUGGAGGAUCCUGGCCGAGGACAACCUGCUGUGGAGGGAGAAGUGUCGCGAGGAAGGUGUGUCAGAGUACGCGUUGGCCCGUCGCAGGAAGUGUGAGCGUCCGGGCGCGGCGGUCAGUCCGUGGAAGUCGGCCUACAUCAGACAACACCGCAUCGAGAGCCACUGGAGGAAGGGGGACACGGGAGAGCCCAUGCUGCUGAAAGGUCACGACGACCACGUCAUCACGUGUCUGCAGUUCAGCGGCGACCUCGUCGUCAGCGGCUCGGACGACAACACGCUCAAAGUCUGGUCCGCCGUCUCCGGCAAGUGCCUGCGGACGCUGACGGGUCACAGCGGCGGCGUGUGGUGCAGUCAGAUGGCGGUCGCCACGGUGAUCAGCGGCUCCACCGACCGGACGCUGCGCGUGUGGGACGCCGAGAGCGGAGAGUGUGUGCACACGCUGUACGGACACACGUCCACGGUGCGCUGCAUGCAUCUGCACGGCAACAGGGUGGUGUCGGGCUCCCGGGACACGACGCUGCGUGUGUGGGACGUGUCGACGGGCCGCUGCGAGCACGUGCUGACGGGCCACGUGGCGGCGGUGCGCUGCGUCCAGUACGACGGCCGCCGCGUGGUGUCGGGCGGCUACGACUACAUGGUGAAGGUGUGGGACCCCGAGACGGAGGCGUGUCUCCACACGCUGCAGGGACACACCAACCGAGUGUACUCGCUGCAGUUUGACGGUGCGUUCGUGGUCAGCGGUUCGUUGGACACUUCGAUCCGAGUUUGGGACGCAGAGACAGGUGGGUGUGUCCACACGCUGACGGGCCACCAAUCACUGACCAGCGGCAUGGAGCUGCGAGACAACAUCCUGGUGUCCGGGAACGCCGACUCCACGGUCCGAGUGUGGGACGUCCGCACGGGACAGUGUCUCCACACACUGCAAGGUGAGAGGGACAGAGGGAAGAGGGACAGACAAUCGCGCGUCUUCCUUUCCUCGCCAGGUGGCGUGGUGUGGCGAAUCAGAGCGUCCGACACGCGGCUGGUGUGCGCCGCCGGCAGCAGGAACGGGACGGAGGAAACCAAACUGCUGGUGCUGGACUUCGACCUGGACGACAGGACGGAGGAGACGGAGUGAGACGGAGGAGACGCAGUGAGACAACGCCGGGAAAAGACGUUUGAUUUUUGACCGUAAAAGACAACGGCCGGAUCCAGUCCAGCUCCUCCGACCGGCCGACAGGUACGAAUGUCCCAAGGAUGCGUCCUGAUUGGCUGGUAGACUUUAAGAGGACACCUGGACGGACAUCACAUGCUCCACGACCUGGACACCAAACCGCUGGAUUAACCCGAGGCUUAGACGCAAAAACUAAAAUGGCGUCCAGAUCCGGGGAUUGACAAACGAUUGUUUUUGGCGGAUGUGAAUGAUUUCUGUUGAAUGUUUGACGACGUGUCGUUGAGACAAUGUCUCGGGGAGGACUUUAACCCUCCUGGUGUCCUCGGGUCAAAUCUGACCCCCUUUUAAAAAAAACGUCUAUAUCUAAAAUAUACGCUUCUUUUUAACCAAAUUACCAUAAAAAAAAAAUGGAUUGGAUUCCUUCCAACGCUCUUUAUAAAUACAAUGAAUCACCUUCUUUCCUCUGAUCUUAACUAUUAGUCAAAAUAAUUCAUAAUUUGUGCUUUUUUUUAACU